AACACUAUGCACCAACAAAUAGGGUGAGUCAAGAAAAAGGCAAGCUAGGGAGACAACUCAAAAGAGGAAAUAGCAAAAAGAUGGCACAAGAAGAAAUGAGAAAAGGACCAUGGACAGAACAAGAAGAUCUUCAGCUAGCAUUUUAUGUGAACUUAUUUGGCGAUCGACGAUGGGAUUUCUUGGCCAAAGUUUCAGGUUUGAGAAGAACAGGAAAGAGUUGUAGAUUACGUUGGGUGAAUUACUUGCAUCCUGGUCUUAAACGAGGAAAGAUGACUCCUCAAGAAGAACGCCUUAUUCUUGAACUCCACUCCAAAUGGGGAAAUAGAUGGUCAAAAAUUGCCAUGAAAUUACCGGGCAGAACUGAUAACGAAAUCAAGAAUUACUGGAGAACUCACAUGAGGAAAAAGGCUCAAGAUGAAAGGAAAAACAAGGCUUCUACUAUUUCUCCAUCUUCAUCCUUCUCCAACUCUUCAUCUUUCUAUUCCAACAGUCCUGAUGUCGACUUCACGCCCAUUAUGGAAAACAAUGAAAGGAACUUCUAUGAUACAGGCGGAGUUGAGAAAAAGAUUAAUGAUGGUGGCAAAAUGAAGGUGUACUCCAUGGAUGAAAUAUGGAAAGAUAUUGAAUUAUCAGAAGAAAGUGAGACAAUGAAUAAUAUUAAACCAAUCAUGUCAUCACCUUUAUGGAAUUAUUGCCCCAAUAACACACUAUGGAUGAGUGAUGAAGAAGAAACUAAGAUGUUUCCUCAGUUUUAUAAUUGCUUGGACAACCAGGAUAACACAUUUUUUGCUGGCUAACAAAGGGUUAAUUACUAUUUUUUUUGGAGGAGUUAAGUUAUAUACAUUGAUAAUUUAAAGAAUUUUUACACCGUCCAUUUGAUUUAACCAACUUUAACAGGUUAUUAUACUAAUUUUGUUUUACCUGUUAUAGGUUAAAUUAACAUGAUAGUGUAAAAGAUCUAUAUAUUAUCAGUGAAUAUAACUUAAAUCGUCGUAUGUGGCGGUAAUUUGUUUUAGAGUUGAUGUAGGGUUUAUGAGUAAAGUUUAGCUCUGACUUUGUGAAUAGAAAUGGUAAAAUGAAAUCCUAAAUAAGAAGGCAAUCUGUGUUAAGACAUGCUAUUAAUGUUUAUGGAAAGCCAAAUAUUGUAUCAUCUCAUGCUAAGCUAAUUAUUAGAGACUAUACAAAUGUAUUUGACUAUUCUUCAUCA